AGAUCGGCCAAACCUCCUCGCCCGUAUUUCAGGACUUCGUCAACUUUUUGAACCAAUCUUCGCGCCCCGAUCAUCCUUCCCGACGGAGAUAGUAUCUUCAAUGAGGCCUUGUCCAGCGCCUGUAAUACGGGCUUCUCGGUCAUACUCCUCACUUCCCCAAUCCUCCGGUCGGCUCGGACUCAUCUCUUGGGAUAUCAAGUGGAUCUGCCGAAUCGCUCGUGAGCUCUUUGGUUUAUCCGACUGGUUCGCAUAUAGUAAACUUUCCUUCCCGUCGAUCCACUCCAAGCCAUUCGAGGAUCUCGUCACGUCUCCCUUAGCCAGUGACACCGUCAUCCAUCAUGAAGGCCCUUUACUUUUUGAACCGGGUGCAGUUGCAUGGCUUUCUGAUCCAGACGCAGGCCGACCCAGCUUUCUCGACACCCUGGACAACUUUACGGCUGGAGACGACACAUUCACUGCUUGGAUGCAUCAGCUUAUGGACCUAAAGCUCGUCAAGGGUACCUUUAUCAAAGAUUUUGUACACUUUCUGUUGUCAAUAAUGCUUUCAGCAAUUUAUAUAAUUUCUUUGUUGGGAAGACUUUCAUUUUGUAUGAAAGUGCAUGAAGAGGAGAUUCUUAGGUCGAUCUCACCAGAAGAGAACGGCUCAAUCCCGUUGUACUGCAGCCGUUUGGCUUUUAUACGAAGUUCAGGUUGA